UUUUCGACGAGAACAGGAAGACCGUCCGGCUCCUCCAUUCGGCUGUCGGCGAACGUACUCGCGCAUGCUCUUCGGGCCGUGGAACGCCUCACGAAUAACGCUCUCGUAUUCGUCGUAAAUACGAAUGCCGAAUGCUGGCCACCGAAAAUAAUCACGCGAGGACGCCGAAACGAUUUCGGACCACUUCUUCCGCGACUCUCCCUCGGAGUCGCCGGCCGUGAAAAAUGCAUUCCGCGCGCGAAUCGCUGAGAUAUUCGCCAUAGAAUCCGCUACCGACAUCCUCACACGCGAUCACGUUAACAGUACAAGUGUCGUUACCGAACCACUGUCGAGGAAGCUCAGUAUUCGCCAGUUUUCGCGUAGCGUCGAAAGGUGAACCGAGAUCGACGAUGAGAAAGUGCUGCGACGAGUUCCUCGGUGUCGUUCGCAGUUUGCCUGGAUUCAGAGGGAUUGGAUUCGAAAACUGAGGGCGUUGUCUCCGUACCAACGGUUCCUGAUGAGCAAAACAAGCGUCGCAGGUCUGGGAUGACCCACACGCGAAACGUUCCCGAGUGAAAUUCCUGGCAGUCGUCAUCGAGGAGGAAUCUCCGCGCAGCGACUGGGCCAGCGCGUAUUACGCCUAUGAUUUCCACGGUAAAAGUUACUCUAAAAUUAGAUUACUUCGAUACACCGAGAGUAUUGGCCCCGAUCGACAAACUGGUGAAUGAAAGAGUGUAAGAGCGCGCGAUGGCUGACGAGGAGAAAGUCGACCGCGUCAGGCAGGAGCUGGAGAGAAAGAUCGACCGACAGGUUCGUCGAGAGCGAAAGAUGGCGACCAGGACGAAAGAGAAGGUGGACGAUAGCCACCUACCCACGCCUCCGCCGGAUCCGUGGAGGAAUCCUUGGUGUCAAACGCAAGGAGGAGCCCUCGGUCGCAGCCAGCCGGAAAUGACGCAGACGCGCAGCCUCGAGGAGGACGAGGACAUACUGGCGUACUUGACGGAUUUAGGGACGCCUUUCGAGGGCCAAACCUCGGAGUGUCCUUCGAGGAAUUCCACGGCGUCCACGAUGGCAGUUUCCAAUCUCUGCUUGGAGGAGUCCUUCGAUCACCUGAAUCGUCUCUACGCUCUCACGGAGCAGAUCCUCGAGUUGAAGUAUCGCAGCACCAAGUUCUUCAAGCGAGUGAGGAACCUCGAGAAGCUCAAAGUCCUGCGAAACGCUGAUCGCAUCCUGGAGGACGCUUUCGCGAGGGACGCCGUGCCUGAGAGUGACUUCUGCGACGAGGACACGGGAUUCGCCGAGUCCUUGUUGGACGCCAUGUUGUCCAAUUGCAGGGAUCCGCAGUUUCAAAGGCGGAACAUGCGUUCUCCUCCGUCGAGAAGAACGAGGAAUAAGGUUGACGUUGAGAAGCAGACGUUUGGAGAUGAGGUUUCGAAGGGUGGGCCGAAGGUGUCCAAAUGGACUAGAGUUAAGGCUGCUUUUAAAUGGGAAAGAGCGUGCACGAACGAUCUCGUGGAGGACGCUUCGACGACCAUGACGACACCGAUGACGCCGUUGUCUCCGACGCCCAAGUAUCUGCGAAUUCCAGACAACGAUGGCAACCUGACCAGCACCAGCGCCUCUUCUUGCACUGAUAUCAUUCCGGACUCGACUGGCUUCUACGAUCGAACAUCCUCGGCAUCUUUGUCCAACGAACGAUCCUACGACUGUUCCCCUAAAAGUGCUUCGAAUCAUUUUGAGUAUCCGUCUUCGAAAGCUAAAGAGGAUAAGAAAGAGCAGUGUAUGAGUCGACGUAGCCAGUCUCUCGAUGGCGAUAUGAUUGCUAUGGAUACGGAACGAGUCAACGACAUGAGCCGAAUUAACGAGGUCAGCCAAGAAACACCGUUGAUUCGAAUCACAUCGGAGAAGAGUCAGACGGUGAAUUCUCUGGACGGAAUGGACGAACCAGAGCAAACAUUGAAAAGACCUACUCCAUCCCUAACGAUAACGAUACCUUCAAACGAGGAAGAAAUGAGGUGCAUGUCCUCUCCAGAGUCUUACUCGCCGCUUCCGUCCAGUGCGCACACUUCUGGCGGGAAUUCCCCGCAACCAAAGAAAAUACAUAGAGAACUCUUUACCAGUAAAGGCUUCAAACGACAGCAAUCAAACGACGAAGAAUUCAUGAGCCUAUCGUCGAAAAUGCAGAGACAAGACUCCAAGUGGAACAAGGUUAGGCGAGCCUUCCUGACGAACUCUUCCCUCAGCGUGCCACCGAGUCCUAUCAGGGUUUUCUCCAGGCAAAUGUUUGACCACCAAGACGGUCAAGAAGCCCACGCAGCUUAUAGUUGCAGUGGCAGUGUGGACGACCUCGAGCAAACCGCAAACCUAAACCCUCAAACGGACACUCGUCGCGAUUACCGUGCUCUUAAAGAAAAGCUGGGCGCCGAGUUCCACCGAAAGCUCGUCGAGUGGGAGCGUUUAAAAAACAUGUCGUCUCGGGUGUCGUCGAAAGACACUCGCGAGACGUCAUCCGGUUCACUGAAUCCUCGAGAAAGCUUGCUGUCCGAGGAAAGACUGGCGCCCGAAUUUCGAAAGAAGCUGCAAGAGUGGAAACGAGCUAAAAAGGAACGCAGGGGAAGCGCUCCGUUCGAGCAACAGAGAUUCACUCGACGUCGUCUCACCGAUUGGCAGCUUUGGCGAUCCCCCUCGAAGACCGAUUACAGAAAUCGGGAUAGUCCGCGUGGCAAUUAUAGCAGCGGGGAAAGCAUCGGUAGCGGAGGAAGGCCUCACCUUUCGGAGGAUUUCGUUCGUAAAAUGGAGGCCUGGAAGAGAGCUAACGAAAUUGGCAGUCGCGAUGUUGAAACUUCGACGAGGUCCAACUCCAAUCGACUUGGGAUAGUGUCGGGGAUAGACGAAAGCGAGUUCUUGGCUUUGGAGAGGUUGUUAUCGCGUUUCGAUAAUGGCCUCAGCAAGGAUAGAAGGGAGAGCAACGCUCGGCAAUUGGACGAAUGCUUCGAUGGAGACACUAGAUCGUACAUCGACGGAGCGCAAGGUUUGAAGUACGCCAACGAAGUUCUGGUUCGAACAUCCGUUGGCUCUUAUCGAUUCGAAGGCAUCUCGCGGGAAUUCACACAAAAGCUCUACGACUGGGAAAGAUAUCGAGGAAUUUCACCAAGAUCAUCGACCUUCCGUCUCCUGGGGCCUGCUUAUGAUCCGUUUUUAACGGAAACGAAUACCGAAGCACCAAUAUCAACUACAACGAAAAUUGGAUGCGACGAAGGGGAAUCGUUCAAAGGAAGCCCUUUGAAGAGAUCAAAAUCUGCAGGCAGCCUGACGUCAGGGGCCAUUUUGAACGAAGCUUUCAUACGUCGUUCGACCAGCUUGCAAUCAUUGGAUUACCUCGCUAAUGCACUGAAAAAUUCCGAUAGCAUGAACACUUCACCGAUAUCGAUCGACCGCCAACGGGCCGACGAGGCAACAGAGGACAUCGUCAUGGACGACUCCGAGCCAGAGGCUAUGAUAGUCGACAUCGAGGACGUCAUCGAGGAAACUGCGAGUCCCUUGGAGAGAGUGCAACCUCACCAAACACCCGUGUACUCGGUUGCAGCCAGUGAAACAACCAGCAUCGCCGUACCCCUUGGCACAGUCACCUCCAGCCACGAACCAUCCCCAGUGUUCCUAGUAGAAGUCGAAGAAGCUUCGAAUCGAAAACAAAGAAAAUCCAAAAGACUGAACAGGAGGAACAGUUGCUCCAGCGAAGACAAUCCAACCACAGAACAUGUCCAAGUGAGAAAAAUUAGAAACGAUCACACCAAUAGCUUCAGCCAGGACGACGCUGACUCGGAAUGUUGGUCCACUUCCGGAUCCCUAGGGAGGAAAAAGUAUUCUAUAAGUGACAGUUUCGACUAUGAUCGAGAUUUAGACAAAGAUUCUAUUAACUCGGACAGUUCGCUGUGCUCGAUGGAGUUGAACCAGAAAUCCAAACUGUUGGUGGCAUCAACGAAAAUGGUAGACGAAGAGGGUGCAGAUGUCGAGAGGGAAGAGAUUUCCACGAUAAUAUUCGACGAGGGAAACGCGAUCGACACGACCAUGGACGAGCGCAAGGCCGAUGGAGCGGACGAAAGCAAAACUAUACAUAGAGGGAAUCUUGGAAAUCACUAUGCUUUUGCUACGAGCACAAAAGAGUCGACGGACUUAUCCAGCGAGAAGAGCAACCAGGAAGAACGCCAGGACGAAAGGGCCGCAGGAGAUGGAAGCAGCGACCACGAAAAGGACUCCGUCGAACCUAAAAAGAAACAUGAAAAUGAGUACGAGAUUAUAAACGUCGUCGAUCCUUGUUGCUGCCUUUUGGCAGAUACAAAUCCAGCGACGUGCUCGAAGAAAUUCACUGCGGACACUUCAACGGAAUCGUCGUCCAGUUAUAAAUUAGAUAAAAAUAAGUGCACCUCGUUCGAGACGAGUUCCCAUCGCACAACCCAAGAGAAUGACAUCGAAAACGGCGAUAAACGCUACAAUUCAUCCAGAGACAAGUCCUACGAUCGAUUAUACUACAAUCUAUCAAAAACGAGAAAGGAACCAGAUUAUGAAUCAUUCGAAUCACCAGCCACCAAGUGUUCAAACGACGGACAACCAAACGUUUGCAACGCGAAAGCUCCCAAUCACCCCACUCCAGAAUCUGUGCUUCCAAACUCACGACAACAAUAUCAAACAUUUGGAAACACGUCCUCGUUGAAGCUAGGUGUUAAAGAUCUCAGCACCAGCGACUAUCACCGUGAACCAACGAUCCAAACAACCUCCCUCACAGUCGCGCCUAACCGCGAGGAGCGUUGCGUCGAGAGGAUCAUCGUUAACGAGGAGACUCUGAACAAAAUAGUGGUACCUACCGCCAGUAACAGCUGCUCGGAGAAACUGGAAGGCCAGAAGUCCCAGUCACCUACCGACGUACCUGCAUCCAAGAAUCCCACAGCCCAGAACGAUUACCGGUCGAGCCCCAGCCACGAUCCACCAGCGACCGAUCAAGAAACAAGCCCGAAAAAGCGAUCCUCACCCACUAGGAACGUGUUCAUCAAAACGAAACGAAUGAUAUUCUCACCGUUUCGUAGAGCAGAAGAUCAUUCAGCCAGCAGACCCGAGAGCAGUUCCUCGGAGCAUGAUCAAGUGUACCCAUUGAGAAACAAGAGCAAGUCCAGGUCGACGUCCCCAAAAAUAAAUCGCCAGGACGUGCUUCAGAGGAUGUCUUUCUCUCUUCCUUGGCCCCUUCGACCCUCCUCCAAAGAUCGCGACUUAAAGGAACCUAAAACCGAUGAAACUAUUAACGAAGAACGCCCAGGAAUCGAGAACCAAGUCCUCCAGGGACGCAAAUCUUCGGAAAAUAAAAGGAAAUCGUCCUCCAGUGAGAGCAACGUGUUCCAGCAGUCUCUAGCGGAGGAGGAGGAGGAUCAACGGUUGACAAGUAGAGUGUCAGGUGUCGGUAGAGCGGAGGAAAAGGGUAGGUUUAAAUAUUCCCUGGGUCGAAAGGAACAUCGAGUCAGCGUGUCCUUGGAGGUGGACCUGGAGGACCAGCAGAGCAGAGUGCCGUCCGCGGUUAGCUCUUCCAGCCUCAAACAGGAUGAGAAGAACGAUAAUGCGUUAAGUUCAAGGUUCGAUCCGCGUUCGCCUGACCUGAUGCACAAACUGGAGAUUUUGUCCAAUGUGGUGGCUAGGAGAGACGGUAGAACUAACACCAUUUCGGAAGAGUCAGGGUUGGAGUCUCAUGCUCUGAGGAUACGUCGCGCCAAAGAGGACUUCCUGUCUCGUCGAGGUGGACCUCUAUGUCACUCCGUGAUGGAAGCGUCUUCCAAUGAGCAGGGGUUUCGAAAAACCUGUGGCAAUCUUUAUGAGAAGAUUCUAGAUGAUCAGUUGAGGGAUGGGAAGAACUAUAAGUUGAAAUUGGAGGAAAUGGAAUCCAAUGGAAGUGAAACGAAAGAAGAAACGAUGAAGGACAAAGAUGGUGAGAAGUCUACCAGCGCAGGCUUCAAUUCAACUACAAGCUCGAUGAAAUGCGCGACGAAUUCUUCAACGGAAUCAUCAAGCAGUUAUGAAUUAAGAGGGAGGACGAAGGAGGAAGGUGUUAGCUUGGCGAACGAGAACAACGUGAAGGAGCUGUCGAGGAGUUUGGCUGUCUCCCUACCUGAUCGUGUGAAGUCUGCCAGUGCUGGGAUGAUCAACGUCGAGCCUGAUAUCUUUGAAGGACUCACGGACUCCAACAGAGGAUGCGAGUCCCUUCCGAGAACCAUUUCUAAUCAACAGGAGUCCAAAGGGCCGCUCACGAAAAUUGUAAACAAGUUCAAGUUCGUGCGGCUGAUAUGUGGCAAGGAGCAAGGGAACAUGAGCACAGUUUCCAGACUUUGCAGACAAAGUUUGUUGAUCGAUGUUAGAAAUGAUUUCGAAAGGCGCUGGGAGGCUAAUAAUAUUGCCGAUGCUCCGAAGCUGAACAACGUGGACAGGGCUUCUAAAGAAGAGUAAUUCUCAUUACGUUUAUCGUACGAAUAAAAUAGAUAGAUUUGUUUGUACCAGAUGUUUGUUAUAGCCUUUAACGAUCCUACAGUAUCGUAAUAGUUCUAUAUGAAAUACACAUGAAAUAUCCGAAAUAUUCAUAUACAAAAUACAUAUAGAGUGUCGAAAUAUUUAUAUAGGAAAAACGUAUUCGAAGCAUCGCGAUAUCUAUCCGUGGAACACGUAUGAAAUACAAAAAUAUUUGUAAUAACAUCAACGAUGAGAGAGAGAGACGAAGCAAUGGAAGUAUCAUAUUUUAUUUUUAGAAACAUUUACUCACAAUACGUGUAAAGGUGUAUUUAACUAUUAUACACAAUAUAGUUGAUCUCGAUAAAUUUCA